GAAUUUUCCCUGUUUUGAAGUUUGAACAGCAAGAUCUCAAGCUUACAUUCACAAAAAGCUUAGCCAUCCAACAUGACGGACAAGCUACCUCCCAAUCUGUUAAAGCUAUUCGCGCCACGUCCACCUCUUCCAUAUAUACCACCAUUAGACAAAGAUCCCAGCAAAAGGAAAGGUCUACAGAUCAGUGGCAUUGCGCAAUAUACCGAUAUGCUCAAGAGCUACGAUUCAGACUAUGUACCAUGGAAGAGCAUAGCAGAAAGAAAAAAGGAGAAGAUGGAAGCCAAGAAGAAAGCUGCGGCAGAAGCAGUCGAGAAGGGUUUGGCAACCUGGAACCCAGAAUCGGACGAAAAAAUCAUAGGAGACCCGUUCUGUGUCCUUUUCGUUUCACGCUUAAGCUAUAACUUGACUGAAGAUGACUUGAUGCGCGAAUUUGAUACAUAUGGACCUAUCAAAAAUAUUCGCCUUGUCCGAGAUAUAGACGGCAAAUCAAAAGGCUAUGCCUUCAUUGAAUUUGAGAGGGAGAAAGACAUGCGAGCGGCUUAUAAGGAUGCGGAUGGAUUAAAAUUAGAUGGUCGUCGAGUACUUGUCGACGUUGAACGUGGAAGAACUGUGAAAGGCUGGAAACCUCGUCGACUGGGUGGUGGACUUGGAAGUACACGAUCUGGCGCACCUGAUCACAACGCUCGCCAAUCCGGCCGAAACGGUUCAUCUGCUGGUGGCUCUGAUCGAUACAAAGAUCGAGGUGGCAGUAGCUCGCAUGGCUAUAGCCGUUAUAACGGCAAUCCUCCACGAUCAAAUCAAGGAUUCAACGAUAGACGAGGAAGGGGUAGCAGAUCUCGCAGCAGAAGUCCUCGUGGUUACCGUGACAGGGAAGAUAGAGAUCGGUACGGUGGAAGAGGAAGAGAUCGUUCAAGAGAUAGAUUCGAUCGAGGAUCUCGAAGGGAACGCUAAAAUCUCCAUUCAAUUACGGGGAAAAACACGUUGCCGAGCGACAGACCGCUUUCUUAAACUAUUGAAAUCUCCCAAAAAAAAAUCCCAACCAACCUCUCAUUUCUUUCUUAAUAAAAACUACAAAAAAAAAAAACAACAAACAUGUUACAAC